AACGCCCACGACAGAACCAGUUGGGCAGUAACCUUUGAGAUCUAAGGCUUGAGCAAGCAGGUUACACGAGGGAAAACCAAAAAAAAGGCAUUCUCAAAACCCGAGAAGCCUCGACGGAAAACAGUCGAGAAUGGCUUCGACAACGUCGUAUCGAUGUCUUCUAUUCCUUCUCGCUUUGGUAACAUUUGUGUUCUUCUCGGCUGCAGCUGUGCUCUUUUACCUCGGUAAAUACCAUGACAAGUCUCCGAUGAAAGUAUUUUUCAACCAUUCCGUUCCACUCGUUGGCUAUGAAAAAUACAAGCUCGAUGCCAUCACUCCCGCAGAUUGGACUUGGUGGAUUUGGGCGCCUGUGUUUGGCUGGCAAGUUCCAUGGCUGUUGUACGCAUUUAUAAUUCCCUGUCGAAGGCAACCGCCCAAAGUCUUCACCAUGCCUUUUUUUAUCAUCGCUGCGAUUGCAUUCGGGUUCAUCGCCGGAUGGGUGCUGCUCUGGUCAAAGCAUCUCGUAAACGUUGCUUUUGGCUUCCUCGGCGGCGCCUGCAUGUGCCUUUACAUAUGUCUUGCUCUGACAUAUCACCGUUUGAGAGAUACCUACGAAACUACGAAGAGGUUCCCAGUAUGCGACCAUAUUAUGAUCCAACUGUUCCUCAUCAACGGCCUUGCGCUCAUCUCUUCUUGGGCGACGUACUCCGUGUUUGUUCACCUUGGAAUUAUUUUCCAUUAUACUUCAGGAGUUGAGGAGCACAUCACGGCCACCAUGACGAUGGCUGGCAUGUCAGCUGUGAUAUUUUUCUGGUUUAUGCUCGAUAAUUUUGUGUUCCAAAGCUACACGCUCUACACCUUCACCGUUUAUCCGGCGCUAGUUGUUGGCUACACUGGAGUGUUUGAACGCUGGUGGGAUUACAAGAAUUCAGACAACAACGACCGAAAUGACAUCUUCUACGUCGUUUUGCUAGGGGUCACUGCUCUUCUCGCUCUGCUCAAAAUUUUGUUUAUGAUUUGCAGAACUUGUCUUCGACGAAAACGGUCGCGAUCUCACGUUGUUACAGCCGACGAACAAUACAACAUGAACGAAUAUUGAACUGAAAGAACAACCAUAGUUUAGYAUCGCCCAAGACUGCCGCAGAACAGCACAGCUGUAACGUUUUCUGUGACAGCGUUUACGACCGAAAAUUUGGCAAAAGACAAACAAAGACUCGCUCACUUGAAAACAAUGUGAAUAUUCAAAGACAUUAAGAUUGACAAAAACCUCUGACACCAUUUUAACCGCCAAAAUAACAAUGGAUUCUACAACAACAAAUGACACACACUGUCAGAAAUGCACUUUUUUCUGGGAUUCGUCUCUUUCCGGAGCGAAGAAGCUGGACAAUUUAUUUGACAGACAGAAAACGUUUAUUAUCCAAGGAUGUCCAGUCGACAUUCCAUCGGAAUCAACCAAACUACGGAAAAAGAACGCGUUAUAUGAUUGUUUUUGCUCGGUAUUGAAGAUGCGAAUUCUUCACGCACCAUAAACUACCAAAUCACCACCGUUUAGCUUCUGUUUUGCACAAGAAUUCUACUCACUUUAGAGCAUUUUCAGUAAAAGUWACGUUAAUUAUUUCAACAUGAAUUGUAAAUAUUUGUUUACGAGUCUAAUUCCCCUGAAGUUAGAAAGCCGUUGGAGCGACAAUAUUUGACAACGCAAUUCAAUAGCGUCCUGCUAUAUGCCAUUAUUCGUCGACCUCGUAAGAAUUCAAAUCCUCUGACAUCUUUAAUCUUUAAUUAACGUCAAGUAAAGAAUAACCAUGCUAUCGUCAAUAAGCCUAUCGCGUGAGAGUCAAAAUAAAAAACAAAGAUUAUUUUUUCGUGAAUUACAGGAAAAGAGACAAUCGUUUAGAGUCGUAAAGUAGUCGCCGAGGAAUAUUAAUCGAUUACUUUUCGUGGAUUAUCCGGAAAAGCUUGAUUAUCUGACGURGAAGAAUUCAAUUAAUAUAUUACUUCUUAAAAGUUCACGAAAAACAAGURUAAUUAUAAUCAAAUCGUGUAGUAAUGCUAAUAGUUUCUUUUCUUAGUUGACGCUUAAGAAAAAAUUCRCAAGAAAUUAAAUAAUAUAAUUUAACUUAACACAUUUCUAUACUUAGAGGUGACUUCCUGAGAAUCUAAAUUAGAUGUCAAUUAAUUAUUAUUUUUGGAUCUGACGGUAUUGACUAUUUCAGUAGUUAGUCAUACAAAGUAAUCAAGAUAAUUAAAGUAAUUGAAUGAGUUAUUUUUUGUGAAUUGUCGUAAUUAAAAUGUAAAAUGUAAAACAAAACAAAAAACAAAACAGGGUUCGCCUUCCAAUGUAAAAGCAUCGCAAACGUAUUCCACAACUUGGGGAAAAAAUCGCAUCAGAUUGCAAACUCCUGGAACAAUCGCAAAAUUUCGAAACGACAUCGUAUAAUGUCGUAAAAUGUCGAAUGAAAUGUUUACAAUCGCAAAAUGAAURUCAAAACGAUAUCGUACGAGGUCGUAAAAUGUUGGAACGAAAUGUUUAUGUCGAAACGAUAUCGUAUCGCAUCAGGGCGUGAAAUGUCGGAAUUAAACUUUCAAAAAUAUUAUCAGGUCAYAAAAUAUCGGAGUGAAGUCGCAUAAGAUCGCAAAAUGUUGACAAUGAAUGUUAAGAUAUCGAGACAAAAUCGUAUCAGGAUCUCAAAAAGUCGGAAGGAAGUCGUUACCGACAAACGUCGAUAUUGUAAAUAGCACAAAACAACUAGGACAACAAAUUUUCAAUUWAAAAAUAUAAUUCAAGUAAAUUCAGUGAUAAGUGCCUAGGCAAAAAUAUAAUUCUUUAGUUUUGGUAAAUUAUAAUAUAUCUUAUUUCAAUACAAAAUAGCAUUCUACAAUCAAUCUAAAUCUAAAAUUGUUAUUUUAGCCACACAACUAUCAAGAUAAACCCCUAAUACUCGCUAUUUGGGUAAAUGUCACAUGUUAACUAAUUAGGUCAUGUGACAAUCAGUUAGAUCACGUGAACACUUACGCAACAUCACGUGGACACUUUAGCAAUGUCACAUGCUAUAAUAAUAUUAAAAUAUAGAUGUGUUCGUAGGAAUGUUAGAAAUAGUGAAGUGAAAUAAAAAUGUUCUAAACACAA